AUGCCUGGUGGUCCCGCCGCGUUCGGUUCUGGCCUCGGUGCCAAUGCCCCCAAGAACAAAGCGGCAGGUAUUGCCAUGACUGCUUUCGCUGCCUUUGGUGGUAUCCUCUUCGGUUAUGACACAGGAACCAUCUCCGGUAUCCAGGAGAUGGGCGACUUCCUUCGCCUCUUUGGAAGUCUAUGCACGGCUGCACAGAACGCGAUCCCUGAUACAUGCACCGAUGGCUAUUACCUACCCUCCAAGCGCUCCUCCCUCAUCGUCUCCAUUCUCUCUGCCGGAACCUUCUUCGGUUCUCUUUUUGGUGCUCCCGUCGCCGACAUCAUCGGUCGUCGCUACGGUAUUCAGCUUGCAUGUAUCGUCUUUUCUCUCGGUAUCGCUCUCCAGACUGGCGCCUCAAACCUCGCCACCUUUGUUGUUGGCCGUGUUUUCGCUGGUUUCGGUGUCGGUCUCGUCUCCACUCUCAUCCCCAUGUACCAGUCCGAGUGUUCCCCCAAGUGGAUCCGUGGUGCCGUUGUUGCUGGCUACCAAUGGGCUGUCACCAUUGGUCUCCUUCUUGCGUCCGUCAUCAACAACUCAACCAAGAACCGCGACAGUCAUGCCGCCUGGAGAAUUCCCAUCUCCGUCCAGUUCAUCUGGGCGUUCAUCCUUUUUGUUGGUAUGAUCUUCUUGCCUGAGUCCCCCCGUUACCUCGUCAAGAAAGGUAGAGAAGCUGAGGCUGCAAAGGCCAUGUCAAGGCUCACAGGCUACUCUCCCACCGACCCCGAGCUCGAGCUCGAGCUCAACGACAUCCGUCUCGGCCUCGAGGAAGAGAAGGCUGCUGGCUCGAGCUCGUACCUCGACUGCUUCCGCUUCACGGACAACAAGAUUUGCCUCCGUACUCUCUCGGGAAUCUUCAUUCAGGCGUGGCAGCAGCUCACCGGCAUCAACUUCAUUUUCUACUAUGGAACGACCUUCUUCAAGAACUCUGGUAUCAGUAACCCCUUCCUUGUGUCGGUUGCGACCAACAUUGUCAAUGUGUUCAUGACUCUGCCUGGCAUGUGGGGUGUUGAGCGCUUUGGCCGUCGGUCCCUAUUGCUUUGGGGUGCGGCUGUCAUGACCAUUUGCGAGUUCCUCGUCGCCAUCGUGGGUGUCACCAUCUCUGUACACAACAAGGCCGGUCAGCAAGCUUUGAUUGCCCUGGUCUGCAUCUAUAUCGCUGCCUUCGCAUCAACCUGGGGCCCCAUUGCUUGGAUCGUCGUGGGCGAAAUCUACCCGCUUAAUGUCCGUGCCAAGGCAAUCUCGAUGUCCGUCGCGUCCAACUGGCUCUGGAACUGGGCGAUCGCGUACGCGACUCCCUACCUCGUCAACUCUGGCGCUGGCAACGCGAAUCUGCAAGUGAAGGUAUUCUUCAUCUGGGGUUCGACAUGUUUGGGCGCCGGCAUCUUCACGUACUUCUGCAUUCCCGAGACGAAGGGUCUUUCGCUCGAGCAAAUCGACUUGCUCUACCAGCACUCUACGCCUCUAUCGUCCGCAGCGUACCGCCGCGAGCUCAUCGCGAACGACGUCCACCUCGGCGAUGCCAACGUUAAGGUGCACGGCGACGACAAGGCGUCGGAGGAAAAAGUCUAA